AUGCGUUCAGGGAAGAAGCUUAGCUUGCAUAUCAAGGAGUAUAGAGGGGACCAGGCCCAGGCCCGGCCCCGGAAGUCCCGGGCGAUCUUUGCAUUGAACAUGGACGUCUCCGGUGGCAACGUCACCAUCACGGAGUCUGGGGCUACGCGUGGGUAUGGAGGCAGCGUGGGAGUGGGCGCCGUCCAUGCAGCGAACGUGGACGUUUCUGGUGGCAAUGUCACCAUCAAGCAGUCUGAGGCUGCGGAGAGUGGAGGCACCGGGGAGUGGGUCGUUUUCUUGGUCCUAUACUCCUAUGGGACAGGAGGCGCCAUCAGUGCCGGGAACAUGAUGAUCGUCUCCGGUGGCAGCGUGAGCAUCACGGAGUCUACAGCGUUUGAUGGGGACGGAGGUGCCAUCGAUGCAGUGAACGACAUGAACGUCUCCGGUGGCAACGUCACCAUCACGAAGUCUCAGGCUACGCGUGGAGGCUGCAUUUACAUUGAGGACGAUUUCAUGCAGUCCGGCGGCGCGGUGAGCCUUGAGGGCUGCAGAGCCAUUCGCGAAGGAGGUGGCAUUUUCUCGAGUCGCAACAUUACCAUGGGUGAGAUGGCCACGCUGACCAUCCGCGACACCCUGGCAGAUAGAGGCGGAGGCAUCAUGACGACGUGGAUGCACAACAAGGCAAGGCGGCUGCAUGUGUCGAACUGCUCUGCCACGAGCCAUGGCGGCUGCGUCUACGUGAGAGCCAGGGCCGAGCUCGCUGCGCCGCUGUCUUUGAGCGGUUGUAUAGCCAAAGGUACGGGUGGCGGCAUCUACGCCCAAGGAAAGCUCGUGUCGCCGCAGAUCAGCUGCACCGAUUGCCACGCGCCGACUUCAGCGUGCUUUCACCUCGAGUCUGGCGAGGCAAGCAUCGAAAGCCUGAUUCUUCGCAGCAGAUCAUUGCUCGGCCCAGCGUCUCCAAGCAUUAUUGUUGCCACUGGACAUGAUGCGGUCGUGACGCUUGGAACAGCGGACUGCCGCGAAGUGCCAGGCUGCGCUCUGCCUGUCGCGCAGAUGCAGCUGGCACGGCUCCUGUGCCAGCGAGGAGAGAGCCGCCAAUCCCUGGCCGACGGCACCGCGUGCCGAGAAUGCCCAGCGGGACAGAUCCGCCUCGUUGCGGUCGACAAGGCUCGCUUGUGUUUGGGGAGCCAGUCGGGUACCGUUAAUUAUAAUUACAGAGUACUGUCGUGA